UUGAACAGUUGUGCGCAUGCUCGUCGCGUCGCUAACAACAAAUCGAAUACUCAACCAACGAUAAGCCUGAAGUAGCCAAUUGGAUAUAAUUCAAAAGCGAAUAAGCGUCGAAAAGAAGACGCGUUACGUUAAACACAAGCAUACACACGCGAUAUUGUUGCCGUCUACUACGCACAAAACACACACGAUCGUUGUGGUAACCAGUUCCCGAAGAAAGCACCAUGAAAUUCGUCCUACUCCUGUGCAUCCUUAGCGCUGUGCUGCUACAAAUUCAAGCCUCCCCCGUCCAGCUGGUCGAGCGCCAGGAACGCGCCAUCGCGCGGCAGCAAGCCGUCAACGAUGUAGCGCCCGCCGCCGCGCCAGCCGAUGAUGACGAUGAUGACGACGAUGAUGAUGAUGAUGACGAUGACGAGCCCGAUCUAGGCGAUCUCGUGGACGAUGACGAUGAUGACGACGACGAUGAUGAGGAGGACGACGAUGAUGAGGAAGACGACACGCCACAGGGUCAGGCGGCGCCAGCUGCCGCUGCUGCCAGCGACGAUGAUGAGGAGGAUGAUGAUGAUGAUUAUUUGGACCGCUUGUUCGAUGAUAUUUUGGGAGAUGACGAUGAUGAAGACGAUGAUGACGAAGACACACCCGCCGUUGCCAGCGCACCCGUUGCCGCCGCGCCCGUACCAGCCGCCCCCAUAGAGGACCUCGCACCCGUCGGCCAAUCGGCAGUCAGUGGCGGCAUCUCGGAUGGUGUUGAUCUACCACUCGAAAGCGGCAAUGCUGCCGAUGCUGUAGCCGCCGGUAAUGCGGCCGACGAUGCCAAUGCUGUGUCCAGCAACAACAACGAAGGUGCCAUAACAGGUGACGACGAGGAGGAGGACGACGAGGCCGACGACGAUGAUGACGACGACGACAUCAUCGGCGAGAAUGUCAUUGAAGCAAGACGCGAAGCACGUGAGUCUAAAAAUCAAUCAGCCACUAAGAAACACGUAGCAUCAGCUAAGGCCAAAAAAUCAACAAGUGCUUUGAAGAGCAAAAAGGCGCUCAAACAGUAGACAAGCCAAUGAAUAUAGCGUAAUUAACUGAAUUUAAUUAGAAAACAAAAGUAAUGACAAAGGACUUGAGUACAUACACAUACAUACAUAAAGAACUCUAUUCAAUUAUUAGCUAUGGAAAUUAACGAAAUCGAAACAUAACAUAAACCACGCGAAGACACUCGGUCGCUCGGCUCUUGGCUUUGAGCUGAUUUUUGUUACACUUUGUCGCAUUACAAAUUCUAGAACAACAAAUUUGCUUAGAACUUUCCUUCCGUUUUGUUUCUGCUCCCGUUUGGUGCUAGUCAAAUUAACCGUAAACACGUUGCACAAUGGCACAAUUCUCUACACAGCAGCCAGCUAAGCUCAAAAUUCACUAUUGAAAAAUACACUUAAUUGUAAAAAGUAACGGCAACAAAACUGUUUAAUGUAAAUUGCGAUUUUUUUUUCGUUGACAUUUAAAGAGCUGCUUGUUCAUACACUGCACUUGUUAAAAAAAAAAAAAAAAAAAAAAAACAAAAAAUUAAACCAAUUAUGAUAAUGUGUAACUAAUAGUUUUCCAGCUUAAACGAAACAUUGUAAAAAUGCUACAGAAACAACAAAAAAUUUAAUUGAAAAUUAAGCGCAUAAUUUGUAUGGAUGGCGGCAAAUCGCCUAAGAGCCAUUGGUUUAGCCACCAGUGUUCGCUAGUUAGUCGCUUUGCCGCGCCAACAAACAAUAAGAAACCUAAAAUACAUAAAAUAGAAAGUGUAAUAUUUUAGUUCGUAGGUUAAUUUAUUUAUUUUUGUAAAUUAUUUAUUAAUUUAUUUAUUUAUUGUUUUUCCUCUCUAAGCCUUUAAGUACACAUUGUCUGUCUAUUUGCUAAACUAAAAAUGAAAAAAUUACUAAAAAAUAGUGACUGUAGUUUGUAAUCUCUCUGUGUAAAUCGUAAAAAUUGUACUGGUUCCCAACUAUUUCACUAUCAUUCAUAUGCAUUCACACCCACAUCACCAAGUUCAUUGCAAAAACCGUUACACAACGGUUGUUGUAAGAAACGCAUCACUUCAUACAUCUUUCUGCGCUCGUCUCGCUGGCUUCUUCACACUCUUUGGGCUUCACCUUCUACUCUAAAAAGAAAACCUAUCACUUUCACUUGCUCACACUUUCACACGCUUCUUCCCGCACCCGCGUCAGCUAUUGCUGACAAAACGCUUUCUAAUAAUGCCAAAGGUAAGCCACAAGCGUUGUGGUUAUGCAAUGGAAGUGCGUAAAUAUUUUAGUAAAUCAACGAAGGGUGGCAGUGCGGUGUUGGUUCUGAUGCCGAGACAACGCUUGAACAAAAUUCAAAGAGCAUGCCAAGUACCUACAUGUGUACAUACAUACCCGACCGGGCUUGCACCCGAGUAUGCAUCUCAAAAAUAAAUCGUAAAUGCCAUAAAACCAAAAAAAAAAAAAAAAAAAACAAAACAAAAGAAAAAUAAUAAAAUUGUUUAUUUACAAAGCAAAGAAGCCUUAAAUCGUAGUAGACCCCAUAUCCACACACAUAGCAGGCGAGCGCAGCACAUUGCCCCACAAAGCGGUUCCCAAGCAACAAAAAAAAACAAAAUACUUGUAUCAUCUGUAAUCAGUCAAUUAUCUAGCAACAGCUCCAAAUAGACCAAGUCUUACGUAAUGAGAUACGCAGAAUUCAUUUAUAAGGAAUAAGGAGAAAAGUGAAUAAAAGUUAACUGAAAG